CUUCCAUUGACACACUUUGGAUUAUUUCAAUAGGAAUAAAAAGGAUCUCCAACACAAUCAAUAAACCUCUUAUUGGUAAGCCGGAAAGACCACCGAAUGACGUCAAUACUGGGGUGAUUGACAAGGGUUAAUACGCGAUAUAUGCCAAUGUUAGGUGCAAAAAUCAUGUGUUUCUUGGCUCGUGACAGAAACAUCACAAAUCAUCACAAAACAUCAAGGAAAGAUCUUUCCAUCUCGUUAUCUCUACGAUUAAGGGAAUUUUCGUCGUUUGCUUGGCGUAUUUGUUUGUUUUCCCUCUGCCAAUAAUAGCUGGACCAAAUCUAGGAGGGCUAACUGAUGACCAGUCAGAGAUAACCUCUCAAAAUAGUAUAUGUGAGUGGGAUUGAGUUUCUUGAGACGUGCAUUGGUUAUAAUUUAUCAUCAAGAGGUGAAAGAUACAGCGAGUGAAAUACAGUCGGCCGGCUGUUUCAACGCACGAAAACAGCAGUUUCCCGACCGGUCCCGAGAGGUCCGAGAGCUGAAGAGAGUUGGAGAGCCCCAAUAUACGGCGAAAUGGUUUCUGUAAUACCUCAGUUGCCACGGAGCCCAGUCGAAAAUGGCAUUCAUUCAGUGAUUUUGCCGUCGCAACGAAACAGUUUUCGACCUAAGAAAAAACUGACGAGAGUCGUUAAUGGACUGAGUAACAACCAGCACUUAACAAAACAAUUUAAUAUUCCACCAGAACUUUUUUGGACGUCGAAAAGGAACUCGAAAAAACAUAAUUUCACUAUUCCACGAAUAGUCAUCGAGAAAAUAGAGGAUGAAAGACCUUGGGACUUCGCAAACUCACCGAGGAGAAAGAUGGGUAGUUUCACACGGCCUGGGCUGAACUGUAAUAAAAAUUUUCUUCAUCCCUCUUACACAGUUUGCGCUGCGGUUUCGGCGAACGACCCCGGCGCCCUUAAGAAUAUUAUUCUCUCGGGAGCUGUGAAUAUUGAUCAACUUUGCUCGAACGGGGCUUCGGCAUUACACGAAGCGGCUUACGACGGAAAAGUCGACUGCGUGAUCGCGUUACUUCAGUGCGGGGCCGAUGUGAAUAACGAAGAUGGCGAGGGAUGGACACCGCUGCAUGCAGCCGUGUGUGGCCAAAGUAUACAAUGCGCUGAACUUCUCGUUCGGCGAGGAGCAAAUGUGAAGGCGAAAACGGACGAUGGACUUUCACCGUUGGCAAUCGCCACGCAACAAAAAGACACAGAAAUGAUAAAACUUUUGACUUUAGUUUCCAAUCAGCCGCACAAAGUGGACAAACCUAAACGCUCGUACAAGCAAGCGAAAGAGUUUUUUGUGCCCAUAUUUGUUUAGCAUAAUUUUAUUGCUGACAUUUGCUGCGCGCGUGGGAUGUAGUGUUUGUGAGCGAGGGACAUGUAUUCAAAAUUAAAAAUGCGUUUUUGCGCAAGCAUUAUGUUAAAACUCGCAAUAAUUCCGCUUGGCGCCAAUUGCUUCCACGCCUUCGUCACUUUUUAGUCGCUUCCUUUUUCGCUUGCGAAAGAGAGAAAGAGGAUCAAAUUAAGGAUGUAAAAUAGAACUGACGAUGCAUGCAAGUAAUGGCUUUGGGUAGCCACUUUACGUCAAGGAAAGCGCGUAAUUUGCACCGUGACCAGGUGACUUGAAUGAUCCGGUGACUACACGACUACAAGUUUAAAACCAUUAAAACUUGAUUUUUUACAAAUUUUACCCGGAGGAAGCUGAACACCCAUGGGUAAUGCUAAAAGGUAAGAAAACCUUUACGAUCUUUCCACAAUGAAAAUUGAUUUUAAGAGAGAAUCGCUGAAAUAAAAACAAGGAAACUACACACAAAUUCGUGACUCACAAUCCACUACGUAUUGAUUACGUAAGGAAGGAACAGAAAAGAGUUGCUAUAUAUAUUUUUUGAAAAAGAUCCUAAACUGUGAGUGAGACUGAGAUAAAUCAGCAGAUUUUUUUUCUCAGUAAUUAUGUACAAAAAACGAAGCUCUCCGCUUGGACGUAUCGGCCGCGAAUAAAUAAUCACCUUGACACAAAACAGGAAAUUUUAGUCUUCUCCUUUUUGGUGCGAAGAUACAAUAAUAUUGUGCAGUCUAUUUUUAAUAGAACACCAGAUGUUUUUCUCGCCAAAUUUAGAAAGUUUUCCCUUGAAAAAUUCACGAUAGGUAAUUAAGGUGACUUUUAUGUUCAUUAAAAAAAGUUUAAUUUACCACCCUAGUUUAUAUUUGUUGCUGUUCAGCUGUUUUUACUUUUCCGUAGCUGAGUAUCGUUGCCUAGCAGCUUCCUUUUUAGCCAGACAGUGUUUUAAGGUCGCAAAUCACCUCUCCAUUUUGAAAUAAAAAAUGCAUUGAUUGUGCAUUAGGGUCUCGAUAAAGUCUUGUAAAGUGAAAGUACUCAUUUUAUAACUGCCCAUUUGUUUAUUUUAAUCGAACGACACACUGGCUAAAAACGUACUAGACAUCCUCAAAAUAAAAAUUGAAGUCUUUCGCAGUUUGCCCUAAGAUUUAGACCUUCGUUCCCAUGGCUCUCUAAGCUGGACUCUUGAAGAAUUCUUUUCGAAAUUUUGCCAGAAGGCUUUUGAGACAUAUUUCAUCACUGACCAAGUUUCUACUAAAUAACUCAUCUCCAAACUUUCUUGUUGUUUCAAAAAAGCAGUGUAAGUUAUGGCAAAUUCUCUUGUUAAAAAAAAAUAACACACAUUAACCGUGACACUGAAGCCGUGAGCAACUGCACGAAGAUUGUUUUUGGGCAGUGACUGCGUUAACUUUUAUCUUAGUGUUUACAAGUGACCCUCGACCCCAAACGUACCCUCACCUCGGAGCUGUCACGCGCUUUUUGCUCCCGGCAACAAUGAAUUGUUCUUAGUUCGCACAAAGAUAAUUAUUUAGAAUGUUUUGAUCUCGAGGAUAAGAAAGAUAAUCGAGUGUUUGGCACGUAAGAAAAAAAAAUUUGGUACACUG